CCCUUCAAGAUUAAGGAGAGCGCCACGUUCUUCAUGACGGCCAAGUUCCGCGUCCAGCACGAGAUUCUCAGCGGACUGCAGUACGUGCAGAUUGUCAAGCGCAAGGGUAUCCGUGUUUCCAAGGACACGGAGAUGCUGGGCAGCUUCGCUCCCAACACAGACAAGACACCCAUCUACACCAAGACUUUCCCCGAAGAGGUCGCUCCCUCGGGCAUGCUCCUGCGUGGCACCUACUACGCCUUCACGAGCUUCGUCGACGACGACAAGAAGGUUCACCUGGCUUUCGAGUGGAGUUUCGACAUUGCCAAGGACUGGUAGAGGGCCGGACGCAAACGACGAACUGAUGACGACGGACUAAGGAGGGACAAGGACGAUGAGACGCAAAUGACUUGGCCAUGACAGCCUGUCCAACAUGCGCUCUUGUCAUGCUCCUGCUUUCGGAUAAAGUCCUUCGCUUGCUUUUACUCACUUACGAAUCAAUGCGAUGAAAUGC